AUGUUGAAGAGACAGCUGCUGCGGCAGGCCCGAACUUGUCGCGCCCUGCGCGCACCUCCCUCCUCGCUGUCGGGCCUGAUCUUUAACGCCUCCCCCAAGCCAUCGACAUCCUAUAAGCCGGCUGUUCUCGCAACCUCGAUCAGUCGUCAGAUCAUCUCGAGAAAUUACUCCAGCGCCGCCGCCGCCGCCGAGGCACAAGAUGGCAGCAACCAGUCCGGCCUCAUCACCCGAUUCGCCGGUCUCUCCUCGCUCGGCGUCCACCCCAACAUCCUCAAGUCCAUUGUCGAGGACAUGGGCUACGAGUCCAUGACAGAUGUCCAGUCCAUGAGUAUUAACCCUGCCCUGCAAGGCAAAGACAUUGUCGCCCAGGCCAGGACCGGUACUGGCAAGACCAUUGGUUUCCUUGUCCCCACUAUCCAGAAAAUCAUCCAAAAUGACCCCUCGCUUGCAUCCCGUAACCACGACAGGGUGGACGCGACCAACAUCCGAGCCAUCAUCGUCUCCCCGACUAGAGAGCUCGCAGAGCAGAUUAGCGCCGAAGCCCAGAAGCUUUGCCGCCACACAAAUGUCAAGGUGCAGACCGCCGUUGGCGGCAUGAACAAGGCUAUGAUGCUGCGAAAGACAAAGUCUGAGGGUUGCCAUCUCCUGGUCGGCACGCCCGGCCGGCUUCUGGACCUUCUCAGCGAUGAGUACAGCGGCAUUGACGCGCCAAACCUGGGGGCGCUGGUCCUCGACGAGGCGGACCGGAUGCUCGAUGUGGGUUUCGACAAGGAACUGCAGCAGAUAGUGCGUCUGCUGCCCAGCCGCAAAGAGAAGCCCCGCCAGACCCUCCUGUUCUCCGCCACAAUUCCCAAGGACGUCGUGCAGAUUGCGCGCGUCUACGUCGAUGCAAGCAACUUCCAGUUCGUACAGACUAUCAAGGCCGACGAGGCUCCUACACACGAGAAGGUACCGCAGCACAUAGUCCCUGUCGACGGCUUCGAGCAGUUGGUCCCCACAAUCCUGGAGAUCAUCGAGAAAGCCCAGAAUGGCGAGCACGGGUCUGAACCCGUCAAGGCCAUGGUCUUCUUCAACAACACGGCUGUUGUCAAUCUUAUGGACGAGACAUUCCAGUAUCUUAGCCGUUCCCUCAGGUCCCUGCCGCCUGCAUAUGCUAUCCACUCAGGCCUCGAUCAGAGGCAGCGUUCGAGAGUCGCCGAAAACUUCAGGAGGGCCAGUUCUGCUAUCCUCAUCUCGUCAGAUGUGACCGCCAGAGGCAUGGAUUUCCCAAAUGUCACCCACGUCAUCCAGAUCGGCGUACCGCCGACCCGUGACCAGUACAUCCACAGACUUGGUCGCACAGGACGAGCGAACAAGUCAGGACAAGGUUGGCUUCUCCUGAGGAAAGAUGACAUCUCGGAUGCUAGAAGGACACUGCCGGGGCUCCCCAUAAAGCGCCACGAUGGCCUUGAAGCCGCCUCGUUCGACACCCGCAACGCGGAGCGAGGUGCGGAGCCGCGGAACUUCAGCGAAGUCGCGAAUGCCAUGCGUCGUGUGCGGUUUGGAAUCAUGAGGGAAGCAUAUGAGAAGUUCAUCAUGAGUAGCAAGCGCGUUUCUCAGUCGACGGUCGACGCAGUGAACUGGUGGGUGACGACUCAGGGCGGCCAGCGCGAGCCACCUUCGGUCUCUCAAAAAGUAAUGAACUCCAUUCCCACCCUGCGGCGUUUGGAUGGCGUCACUGUCGAAAGCGACAGAGGACGCAAUGAUAGGGAUGGCCGUGGAGGGUUCGGAGGCAGGGGCGGCCGUGACUUUGGGGGCCGUGGCCGUGGCCGUGGCCCGAGGGACAAUGGUGAUCCCUUCUCGCAGAUGUCGUACAACCGAGUGCAAGAUCGCCCCGCCCGGAGGCAGCAAGCGGCGUUCUAG